GAGAGUCGGCGUGGGAUUCUAACAUUUGGGGAUGUGCAGUGGACCGUUGAUGUAAACAAUACACAGAGACCUAACGCCAAAUAAGAAUUCGACGUGUCAUUAUUUGACGAAACGCUAUAAGAAAGAAGAUCCUAAAUUAUAGCUUUAUCACCACUGAAUAAUCAUUUUUCCUUUUUAAAAGAUGAAGGCUGUUUUUACGGCUCUUCUCUGCCUACAUGCUGUGUGCAUUACCAUCUCGGCUGAUGUUAUGAAGGCUGAAGUUGAGAGCUGCACUGGAUGACGUUUGAACAAACUGCCGGAAGUGAAGAGGUUCAUUCACAAUGACCUGCCUUACUUCCACAAUGCAGUGUUCAAACCCAAGUCAGGUGCAUCCCCAGUGCUUUUCUUUUUAGAUGCUGCAGGUGGAGUAGUUGAGAAAAUUGACAUGGCCCCAAUGUCGCAGAAAGAAUUAACUGCACUUAUGUUGCACAAAGGUUUCUACAGGAAGAAGACGCUAUUUGGAGAGGUUCCAGAAGAGUAUCUUAAUGGACCAUAUGUAGAAAAGACUGAUGAAGACUAUGAAAAGGAUGAAUUGUAAUUCAAUAUUAUAUAUUAUGAAUAUUCAUAACAGCUGUUAUAAAUAUUCAUAAUAUCACAUUAGUCUUUUUAGCACUGCUACAAUUGCAUUAGAUAUAGAUAUUCAUGAAUUACUACAGGAUUUCAGUGUGUUAAGCUCUGUCCGGACUAUCAAACUUUAUUUGACAAAAACAUGUGACAUGCCUAAAUAUGGUCAUGAUGACAUCACAUCAUGACCAUAUAUAGGCACAUCAUGACUAUAUAUGGGCAUACAACAGCUCUUUUCAAAUAAAAUUUGAUAGCUUUAGAGUAAACCAUUAAUAUUAAUAUCCACCACAGUUGUAGGUGUUGUAAAAAGACUACCAUGUCUGUAAGAAUACUUGUAAUGGCGCCCUCAGUGAAUACCAUAAGUACAAGGCAAAGAUCUUAUAAACACAAGAUAGCGUUCUCCAUGAUUUAUGUGUGCAAAUUCUGUAAUAACGCAUGAACAGCGCCCUCUUGAAAAAUUGAAAACUUUUGAACCUUGACCGCUCUGAUCAUAGCGUACACCGUGCGACUUUACGUUUACGCGCAACAAUUAGAAGCUUCCGAUUUACAAUGCGCCCUCUCUUUAGAACAUAAGGAACAAAUUAACGUACUUAGUAACUAACUUAUGGCGUAAAGCGAACACCCUAUCUCAGAUCCAUGGCAACAACUAGGACACCCUCUCCCAAAACUGAUUACUUUUCUGUGCCAAAUCGACGCUUCUAUUUGUUACACGUAAAUCACUGAGAACGCUAUCCUGUGUUUAUAAGAUCUUUGGUACAAGGUUUUUUUGUAGGUGACAGUUAGUAUAUUUAUAAACAUUCAAAUUUUUAACUUCUGCUUUUUUUGAUGAUACCAGGAUGCCACUUGAUGUGCCUACUUCAUUCCAGGUGUGCCUAUAUAUUAUUUAUUAUGGCAUAUAAAGACAUUAUAUUAAGUACCUUAUUCAUUUAUAUACCUUAAUCCAGUUAUGUUUUAACACCUAUGGCUUUGUGCAUCCAUAUUAAAUGAAUUUGUUUUGUAUGAUUAGCGUUUUUUGGGCCCUCGAAUAUUCCUGGGUGCUGCAAUCUGUAUCUGCUCUGAUCCAGCAGGUGAAAAAUAAUUCUGGACAUUUGCAAUGCCAAUUACAGUACUGGUUUGAGUAAAGUUUGAAUUUUGAAAAGUGGGGAUGGAAUUAGUUGUACUUAAUUUUAAAUCUAUCCAUAAUAUAUAUUGUAAUGUAUUUCGAUAACGUUUUUGCAUGAGGAGAAAUAAUAUGAAAAGAUGUUUGUCCUGCAUGGUGUGUUAUCGUACUGAAUGCUCAGUACGUUACCAAAUGCCUGCGAAAAAAAUCUUGCUAGUGAUUCAGGUGAGAAUCGAACCCACGACCUCCAGAUAACUAGCCUGGUGUCUUUAGCACUAGACCACAGAGGUUGUGCUUGGUGGCUAGUGAUGAAUCUGAUCCCCAAGUAUAAUUUAUUAUUGUAAAGUACUCAUCCAUAAGAGACACAUUGCACUGUAUUUCUGUAUAAUGAAAGUGUUCAAAUUUCUAAUUGAAACAUGUUGCACAUCAUUCAGGAAACCACUGAAAACUGCAAUAUACUGUAUAAUGCAUUUUUACAAUAUUUUAAUUACAGUAAUAUGUGCUGUAUUGUAUUGAUCAGGAUGUCCAAAGCCAUAGGUUAUGUAGCAAAAUGCUUUCCCUAUUUUUUUUGAUUGCUUAAGUUAUACAAAAAAGUCCUCUUGCCUUAAUAUCUGUUGCCUUACCAACCUUUCUGUUUUUGAUAGAUAAUAGUGUAAUAUGUCUACCUGGGCCAAUACAGUACCAGUAUUCCUGAUCAAAAACUGCAUUUUAUUGAUCAGGGUGUCCCAAGCCAUAGGCUAUUUUAUUUCUAUUUUAUUUGAUUGCAUUAGCUAUACAAACAACUCUUCUUGCCUUAGUAUGUGUUGCCCUUGCCAAGCUUAAUGUGGUUUGAUAGAUAAACUGUAGUGCAUAUGUCUACGUGGGCCAAUACCUGCUGACCAGAUCAAAACGAUGACGUUCUUGGUUUAAAAUUCAUCUUGAAAAGACUGAGAGCUGAUUAUGAACUUUGACACCCCCGCAGGUAUUAGCCUUAUGAGGACAUGUGACUACACUGGUGUAACAUAAUCUUGUGAGUAACUAAGUUACAGCAAUAUAUUUGUACAUUAGCUUUAAACAUGAAUAAAUGGACGAUUUAAGUUUA